AUGUGGGGCGCUAGCUCCAGCGGAACAAAGCCCUCCUCCCAGGCACUGGCCAACAUCACCUGGGCCAUGGCGACGCUGAACACCAUCGAUGAGGAUCUGCUCAAGGGCACCGUUACUGCCAUGCUGCGCUUCACGCUUUAUGCGGCGCUGGGGCUGGCCGUAUGCGGCCGCCCUUUGCAGGAUGAGUUGAAAGCGGCCCUAGAACGUGUGGCCGACCAGAUGCGGGACAAGUAUGACAUGAGCCUGGCGGCUGCCUUCUACUCCAAGAGUCUGAACUUCAGCGUUGCAUCGGGCUACACGGAUGCAGGCCUGGGCCUGGGCAACAAGACACGACCGGCGCAGGCGGACGAUCUCUACGUCUGGGGCUCCACCACCAAGAUGCUGACGGCACCCGCGGUGCUGCAACUGGUGGAGAAGAACCAGGUGAAACUGACUGAUCCCAUCGCCCUUCACAUUGACCCCAUUCUGCUGGUGCUGAACGGCACUCGAUUGGAGUCCUACUUUGGCUCCGCCAUCCACAAAGUGCAGAUUCAGCACCUGUUGCACAUGACCUCCGGAAUUCAAGACUACGACGGGGAGGCCUUUUCCACCGCGCAGUUUGCGAAUCGGUCCAAAGCAUUCGGCCCCAUUGAGAUUGUCAGCAACUAUGUGAGCCCAGAGCUCCAGUUUCCACCAGGGCAACAGCAGGCCUAUUGCAGCACCAACUACAUUCUACUUGGCUUAGUGCUGGCGACGCACUACCACCAGCCAACGAAGUCAUGGGCCUGGCAAAGCUAUGACCAGAGCACGGUGAUCCCAGCGGCCCUGAGAAAUGCCUUCCAAAACUCCCUCUUUGUGAAAGAGGGCCCCUGUAGCCACUUCACGCCGGUGCACGGCUUCAUGGAGUUCUACCCCUCUGCCAAGUUGCCCAAGCAGGAUGUCUGGGACGUGAGCUGCCUGGGCGGUUGGACGGCGGGCAAUUAUUUGGGCUCCGUGGCGGACGUGGCGCGCUUCACUUAUGAGCUCUACAACACCAAGGAGCCCCAAAUUGUCUCUGCUCAGUCGCAGGCACACCUGACAAACUUUACCACCCAGGCUGGCAGCCCCUUCAAAUUCUACGGAAUGGGCACCUUCAACUUGGCCUGGAGCAUUGGCUCCACAGACGCGUAUGGCCACGUGGGCGACACCUACGGGUAUCAGUCGCAGACCACGUACAUCCCGGAGGAUGACUUCGUCAUCACCGUUGCCACCAAUGUGGAGACCACCAAGCAAGCUCAGCCAGCAGAUUUCACAUGCCACGCCUACCACGAGAUCAAGGCAGUGCUUACGGGCAAGCCGAAGCCUCACUGCGUCUUCGUGGUGCCGCAGAGGUUCAUUGGCAAAUGCAUGUGCUUGCCGGAGGAGGUCAUCGUGUGA